CGCACGGCCACUCUGGUACUCGUGAGCUCUGAUUAUACGGCCGGCGGCGCGGCGUGCGGAGAGGGCGAGUCUACCUAGGGUUGUUGCUCCGGCGAGGAACUGCUCCGUGCGGCGGCACCUGGUCAGCUCUUACCCGCACCGUCUCGGCAGUCAUCAGGACCGGAAGGCAUGGCGAAGGCUGGAGAGAGCAGCUUCAACGAUGAGAUUAUGGAGUCAGAUGUCGAGUUGGAAGGGGAAGUUGUUGAGCCUGACAAUGAUCUUCCGCAGAAGAUGGGAGAUCCAUCAGUUGAAGUCUCUGAAGAGAAACGUGAUAAGGCACAGCUGUACAAAAGGAAGGGCGUUGACGCGCUUUCGGAAGGUAAACUGAACGAAGCAAUCGAGCACCUGACGGAGGCCAUCUUGCUGAACCCCACUUCAGCUAUCCUCUAUGCAACCAGGGCUGGUGUUUUUAUGAAGAUGAAGAAACCAAAUGCAGCAAUUCGUGAUGCAGAUGUAGCAUUACAGAUUAAUCCAGAUUCUGCUAAAGGAUAUAAAUCACGAGGGAUGGCAAAAGCUAUGCUUGGAAAGUGGGAAGAUGCUGCUCAUGACCUUCACGUGGCAGCAAAACUGGAUUUUGAUGAAGAGAUUAGUGCAGAGCUUAAGAAGGUUGAACCCAAUGUCCACAAAAUUGAGGAACACAAGAAGAAGUAUGAACGCUUGCGUAAAGAGAGGGACAUGAAAAAAGCUGACGCUGAAAGAAAGCGUAAACAUGCUGAGGAGGUUUCUGCUGCUUCUGCUGUUCUAAAGGAUGGUGAUGUGAUCACUAUCCACUCGUCAAAUGAGUUUGAAGCAAAAAUUAAGGCUGCAUCAAGCUUGUCUAGGCUUGUGAUUCUCUAUUUCACUGCAACGUGGUGUGGGCCAUGUCGUUUCAUGGGACCGGUUUACAAAAGCUUAGCUGAAAAGCACCGGAACAUCGUCUUUCUUAAGGUGGACAUCGAUGAAUUAGGGAAUGUUGCACAUCGCUGGAAUGUUACCAGUGUCCCAACAUUCUCCUUUGUGAUAAACGGCAAAGAGAUCGAUAAGGUUGUUGGUGCAGACAAGACUGGUCUUGAAAGGAAGCUUGCGCAGUAUGGCUCAGCCUAAAUAGUGAGCUAUCGCUACUUCUAUGGUGUACUUCAAGUGACUUAAAACUCUCAAUAAAGAAUGUUUAUGAAUAAAUGUUAGCCUACAUGUUGGAAAUC